AUGUCGGAUGUAGAUAACUGGGAACCCGUAUCAGAUAAUGAGGACAGUACUGAUUCUGUGAAACAAUUGGGUCCCCCCUUUGAGCAUGCAAGUAACAAUGACAAUGCCGGCGAUACUGAAGCUGAGUCACUGCAAGAAGUGCCCCUAAAUACAGAGACCAACGACGUACGCAAGAAUUUAGUAGUGAUUACAAACCAAAGUGCCGCCGAUGAACACCCUACAGAGAUCAAGCACGAUCAAUCAAGGACUUCUUCGACGUCCUCGUUCUUCAGUGGAAUGAUCUCUUCGUUUAAGUCAAACGUGCCAUCCCCAGUUUCUAGAUCAACUACGCCAACUUCGCCAGUUUCGCAACCAAGCAUUAUAUCACAUAGAAGGGAGCCUUCCAUGGGGUCCAAAAGAAGAUCAAGCCGCCGUAUCAGUAAUGCCACAAUUGCUGAAAUAGGCUCUCCCUUGCAACAGGUGGAAAAGCCUGAUGAGGUCAAGACAAGACUCACUCCUUCCCAAAUGAAAGAAGACAAUUACGAUCAUAGACGAUUCGUGGAAGAACGUUACAUGGACACACCUUAUCACUAUGCGUCUGAGCAAAGAAAUAAAGACUUUCAUGAGACAUUCAAGUCCGUUCCUAAAGAUGACAGACUACUGGAUGAUUUUAAUUGUGGGCUGAAUAGAGAGCUGCUUUACCAGGGGAAACUAUACAUAACAGAAACGCAUCUCUGCUUCAACUCCAAUGUUCUUGGUUGGAUUGCUAAAGUACUGAUUGCGUUCGAAGAUGUCACGUUUAUGGAAAAAACUUCUGCUGCUGGGUUGUUCCCCAGCGCAAUAUCCAUCGAAACAAAGAUGGGCAAAACUCUCUUUAAUGGUUUUAUAUCCAGGGAUGCUGCAUUUGGAUUAAUGAAAGAAGUGUGGUCAAGAACCUUGUUGCAGAAGGACAUGGCCAGCGAAAACAUCAAUACUAAAGCAGAAAAGUCAGGAAAUGGCAAAGAGAUUGAUGAUGCAAUAAACUCCAUCGAUGAGGAAAACAAUGAUAAAGACGCUAAUGAUAAUGACACUAAUGAAAAUGACGAUGAAAAUAUCUCUACAAAUGAGACUACCCCCAAUAGUACGAGUUCCUCGCCGGAUAAAGAAAAAGAGAAAGCGUAUAAACUGCGUGCCGAUUCCUCGUAUCAGUAUGAUGGUCCAAUAUAUCAUCAUUCAACAAGCUUUCCGGCUGAACCUAUGGCCAAUAACGAGUUUGUUCUCAAGGAGUUACCAUUCGAUUGUGCACCUGGUAUACUUUUUGAGAUCAUGUUCAACUCAGAGCAAAACGAAUUUCUUCUAGAUUUUUUACGGGGUCAAGAAGGUUCACAAAUUACCACUAUUCCAAAUUUCACGAGCAUUGACGGAUCUUCCAUGACUUUGAAGCGUGAGUAUUCAUACGAGAAAGCAUUGCACUUUCCUGCGGGGCCCAAGUCCACGACAUGUUAUGUUGCUGAGGUAAUAAAGAGAAAAGAUCCUGAUACUUACUAUGAGGUUAUCAGUAGCAUACGCACUCCGAACGUGCCCAGUGGUGGUAGUUUCUCAACUAAGACAAGGUAUCUAAUCCGUUGGAAUGACGAAAUAACGUGUCUGUUACGGGUAUCCUUUUGGGUGGAAUGGACUGGUUCCAGUUGGAUCAAAGGUAUGGUUGAAAAUGGAUGCAAGAAUGGUCAAUUGGAGGCUGCGCAAUUAAUGGAGCGUAUUCUUUCCAAGUUCAUCAAGAACAAUGUCGAAGAGUGCCAAAUUACUAUCAGCAAGGAGGAAGAGGAGCAAGAUGAUAAAGAAGUAAAAAAUAAGUUGAAAGAGGUUGACCUUGAACAACCAAGAGAAGCGGUUGUUACGGCUCCCGCAAUUGCAGAGCAGCAAGGUCUCAAGGUCACCAUGGAAACAUGGUUGUUCUUAUACUUGAUUGUGGUCGUUUUGCUAUUGUUUAAUCUGUUCUACAUACGUUCAAUUGCUGUCUCAUUACAUCAACUGGUGAAGCUGCAAUUGGUAGAACUGAAGUUGUGA